AUCUAUUUUGUACGCACAAAAUCAGCUUAGGAAAUGAAGUCUCCUCACUUUUCAAUGUUGCCGCUUGUUUUUGCUGCUCUCUUCUCAUUGUCAUGGGCAACUUCGCCUCAUGACGAUUUUCUUCGUUGCCUUUCCCUUCGUUCAAAUGACUCUUCUUCCAUUUCUAAAGUAAUCUACACACCUAUUAAUUCUUCAUAUUCAUCUGUGUUGGAGUCUACUAUCCGAAACCUUAGGUUCUCCACACGAGAUACCCCCAAACCUUUGGUCAUUGUAACACCAUUGAGCACAUCCCAUAUUCAAGCAACAAUUUAUUGCUCAAGAAGACAUGGGCUCCAAAUUAGAACCAGAAGUGGUGGUCAUGAUUUUGAAGGUCUUUCUUAUGUUUCUAAAGUUCCAUUUAUCGUCAUUGACUUGGUCAACUUUAGAUCAGUUGAUGUUGAUGUGGAAAAUAAAGUUGCAUGGGUGCAAUCUGGUGCAGUCCUUGGUGAGCUUUAUUACAGGAUUGCUGAAAGAAGUAGAACUCUUGCCUUUCCAGCUGGUACUUGCCACACUGUGGGUACUGGUGGAUACUUCACCGGAGGAGGUUAUGGCUUAUUGUUUCGAAAAUACGGUCUUGCUGUUGAUAACAUAGUUGAUGCUCAACUCAUUGAUGUAAACGGAAGAAUUCUUGAUCGAAAAUCCAUGGGGGAAGAUUUGUUUUGGGCAAUUCGAGGAGGUGGAGGCGGUAGCUUUGGAAUUGUCCUCGCAUGGAAACUAAAUUUGGUUUCUGUUCCGGCAACUGUAACAGCAUUCACUGUUACCAAGACCCUCGAACAAAAUGCAAUCAAACUUAUUCAUCGUUGGCAAUAUAUUGCACAUGAGCUUCCUGAUGGAAUCUACUCCGCUGUUAGUCUAAAUACGGUGAAUUCUAGUCAAGAUGGGAAGAAAACAAUUCUAGCUUCCUUCAGUUCAUUAUUUCUUGGUGGCACUGAUGAGCUUGUUUCAUUAAUGCAAGAGAGAUUUCCUGAGCUUGGACUAGUAAAAGAAGAUUGCAUUGAGAUGAGCUGGAUUGAAUCUAUUCUUUAUUUUGGCCAAAUUCAAAAUGAAUCUUUGGAGAUUUUGCUUGACAGGACUUUUAGGAGUCCUCUUACUUCUCCCUCCUACAAAGCGAAAUCUGACUAUGUGAAGGAGCCUAUCCCUGAGAUUGGAUUGAGGGGUUUAUGGUCAAGACUUUCUGAGGCAGAGGUAGAAUAUGCUAUUGUUGGAUUUUUUGCUUAUGGGGGGACAAUGGAUGAGAUUCCAGAGACUGCAACUCCAUUUCCUCACAGAGCUGGCAACCUGUACAAAAUCUUAUAUAGCGUGGGUUGGCAAGAAGAAGACAACAUAAACUCUGAACGGUACAUAAGUUGGAUUAGAACACUUUAUAGUUACAUGAGCUCUUUUGUUUCAAAAUCUCCACGAGAGGCGUAUAUUAAUUAUAGAGAUCUUGACAUUGGAACAAACAAAAAGGGUAAUUAUACAAGUUAUGCACAAGCAAGUGUUUGGGGUCGGAAAUAUUUCAAGAAUAACUUCGAUAGAUUGGUGCGUGUGAAGACGAUGAUUGAUCCAGAUAAUUUCUUCAGGCACGAACAGAGUAUCCCUCCUCUUAUUUCUUCAAGGAAGUAAAAAGCUCGGUAGAGUGACCUCGGCAAUAAAGCUUCUGGAAAAGGGCACCAAUCCAAUACAAUUAAAUAUUGCACAAUAAAGGGUUUCUGGGUUUCUUUCUUAGCAUUUCUGGCACAAUAAAUAUCACUGUAUUUGUUAUUAUUAAAAAUCAAAUAUUACGUUAUUUAAAAAUAUCAAAAUUACCCUGUUUGUUAUA